AUGGUGUUUACGUUAAAGAUGUGGAGGCACUAUCUGUAUGGUAAGAGGUGUAUUAUGUACACAUAUCACAAGAGGCUCAGGUACCUCCUUACUCAAAAGGAGUUGAAUCUUAGGCAGCAUCAUUGGAUUGUGUUCCUCAAGGAUUGUGACUGUACAAUAGAGUAUCAUCCCGAUAAAGCCAAUGUGGUGGCUAAUGCUCUCAGUUGUAGAGCAAUGAAUAAUUUGAGGGCGAUGUUCCCUUAUCUCAAUUUGUUUGAUGAUGGAGAUCUGUUAGCUGAGUUUCAAGUUAAGCUCCAUUGGAUUGGGCAGAUUCGGGAAAAGCAUUUAAGGGAUGAGUCUCUAGGUCUGCGGUUUCGUCAGGUUGAAAGUGGCAGUACUUCUGAUUUUGGACAGAGUAAUGAUGGAGUUUUGUGUUUCCGAAGACGAGUUUGUGUAUCGAGUGAUUCUUAUCUGAGACAGUCGAUUCUGAGGGAAGCGCAUAACUUCUUUAGUGGGUUGCCUUUGGCACCCACAAAGAAGGAUUCUAUUUGGGUUAUUGUGGAUCGAUUGACCAAGUCUGCCCAUUUUAUUCCAGUUCGGACGGACUACUUUCUGCAAAAGUUAGCGAAGCUCUACAUUUCUAAGAUUGUAAGACUGCAUAGGGUUUCAGUUUCGAUAAUCUCUUAUAGGGAUCCUCGCUUCACUUCUCGGUUCUGGAAGAAACUUCAUGAAGCUUUGGGUUUGAGAUUGGACUUCAGUAUUGUGUUCCAUCCUCAGACCAAUGGUCAAUCCGAUAGGGUGAUUCAAAUACUAAAGAAUAUGCUUCAAAGCUGUGUGAUUGACUUCCGAGAUAGUUGA